CGCAAAGAAGAGCGCCUCGUCCGCGGCAGCUGGACAGACCGUUCCUCCUAUAUGUCGGGCGAGAACCGUCCGUACAGUAUCCCGCGCAUGGACAAGCGAGCAAUCCAUGACGAUGAGUCGCCGUCUGUCGCCAACGAGGGCGCCUUGUCGAUGAUAUUCCGACUCUCCGUCUUCGUCCCCAUCAUCUCACUAUUCGCCGCCCUCUACACAAUAUUUGCCCUCAUCCUCGCCAUCCUUAUCUUCCCCCUUCGCCUCUGCUCAUGGACGCCCUUCUCCCCACCAUCGUCAUCAUCAUCAUCACCAUCUCUCACCGCGCAGCUCUGCGAGUUGCUAGCCCCAGCCUUGCAUACCCACGAACGAGUCGUCUAUGCACGGAAACCGGGGCGUUCCACACCCUCCACCCAAACCGUUUACCGCCGCCACUCCUGCACAUCCACCUCGCUUGGGGACCUGUCCCCGGGCGGCCUGCUGCUCGUCCUGCUUCUCUCCGCCUUUCUCUGCAUUCCCUUGGUCCUCGCCACCUGGACCACAGCUUGCUUUUGGGUGUUUGCCGCCGUCCUCGGAAACCCGGACGGCACCGAGCGUCGCGACGAUGGCCAGACCGCCGUUCUCGGCGUGGGUAAAUGGUGGCAGCGAUGGCUGAGCAAAGCUCGA